AUGGAAGGCAGUUGCCCAUCUCCUCAGCCUCGCAAUCCUCGUCGUCCUCGUCCUCCUGAGACAUACCACACCGACGUAUUCAUGAAGGAUGACCCCACGCCGAUCCGCACCACCGUCACCGCGUCGCCUUACCACGCCGCUGAGUUUAUCAAGGAGAUCGCUCGGGAGACUCACGAGGAGGGCCUCAUGGUCGGUAUCGACACCGAGUGGAGGGAGUGCCGCGAUCGCAAUGGCCGCAGGUGUUACAAGGUCGCCGUGCUCCAGCUCUGCAUCGGCCGUCGGUGCCUCGUCUUCCAGAUCUACCGAGCCAGCGGAUGCCCACGCGAGCUCGUCUACCUCCUCUCCGACCCGGACGUCCGCUUCUUCGGUGUUGGGGUGGACGGCGACGUGACGCGGCUGGCCAUGGACUACAACCUGACGGUCACCAACGCGGUGGACCUUAGACACGCCGCGGCGGAGGCGCUCGGCCGACCGGAGCUGGCAAGCGUCGGGCUGAAGGCCCUGGCGCUCACGGUGAUGGGCGCCCGCGUGGAGAAACCGAAGCACGUCACGAUGAGCAACUGGGCUCUACGGGCGCUCACGAAGGAGCAAGUUGCCUACGCCUGCAUCGACGCGUACGUGUCCUACGAGAUUGGCCGGCUGCUGCUGCUCUCCGGUAAAUCCACGUCGCCCGCACUGCCGCAGCAGGCGCAAGCGCAUCGCGAGCAGCUUGCUUCCGUAGAUUAA